AUGGCGUCCACCAUCCACCAAUCCUUCCCCAUGUCCUCAGCACGCGUCCCCGAAGACGCCGUCAAAGGCAGUGGAAACUACUCCUCCUUCCCUGUUGUUAAAAUUGACGAACUACUCGGAGUCCUAUCCGAAAUGGGACUUUCCAUCUCACCCGAAGACAUACAGAAACCACAAGGUCACGUCGCACAUCGAGUCUUUGUCGCCUUUCUCGAAUGUCUUUCCGGAACAACAACCGAGAUGAUGGAUGGACGACGUCACGAAGCGCUCGCAUCCGUCGAAUACAGCGAACUCUACGAAGACGGCCUGCAAAUGCUCAUGUUCUUCCGCGAAGUCAAGGACAUGAUGAAUGCAGCUACCCUCUACGACUUGACGCUGCAGGAUCUUACGCGGCCUAAUCCGAAACGGUUUCGACGACAAAUGUCCGCGCUGGUCAACUUCUAUCGUUUUCGCUCAGACCGUAUUGUCGAGUUCGAGGAACUUGUUACUGGAUCUGAAGAUCUCGAGAACAAACGGAACGAGAUCGAAGACGACAUCGAUCGGCAACGAAGCGAACUCGCCCGGUUCAAAGCCGAACGUGAACUCGACGAGCCAAAAGUCAAAGAACUCCAACGAAUCAACGCCGAGAUCACAGACGAUCUUCUCGCAGCACGGAAUCAACAGAAGGAGACCAUCGAGCAACUUGAAGAGCUCAAGAAACGUAAAGAUGGCUUGGCGAUCAAACAUGCCGAAUUGGCCCAAGAAAAGUUUCAGAUCUACGAAAAGAUCACCUACCUCGAAGCACGCGUCGUUUCGAGUCCUAGUAAGAUGAAGAAUAGCGUCCGGGAGUUGGGAGAGCAGUUGGAUAAAGAUACCGUCUCUUUGCAAGAGAGUUUGAAGAAGGUGGAAGAGUUUAAGCGCAACCUGGAGACUUUGGAUAAGUUGAGUAAUGAUUUAGAGACUUGUAUGAAUGCUAUGCAUGAAGUCAACCUCGAGAUGGUAAAGGGCAAGGAAGAGGUUCAGAAUCAAACGGAUUUACAGGCUCUUUCUCAGGGGAUCAAUAAUCAGCUCGCUUCGCUGAAACAUUCGUUAGAGAUGACGGAAUAUGAGAUGAAGAGGUUGGAGGACAAACAGAAUAGGAAUCGAAAGACCUUGAUGGAUAUCACUGAGAAACACACAAAGAAGAUGGAGAAUCUGCAGACCGAAUUCGAACAAGCCAAGCAGGAAAGGAGUAGGAAAAACCAGUUGGCCGAAGUCAAGAAUUUGGAAUCCGAAAAGAUCGAGGCAAAGAUGGCAGAGUUGGAGGAGGCCUACGAAGGCUAUCAGAAGAAGAUGAUCAGGCAGAAGGAUGCGAUUGAGACCGCGGUAAGGCUUUAUAUCAGUACCUUGACCAAUUCCUUGCAGUUGGAGAGGUUCGAGGCUUGA